AUGUCCUUCAAAGGAGACAGUUUCGGCGCCGGCUUUGCUGCCGGCUUGGUCAGCGCCUUGGCUAUUGCUGCGGUCAUCGCCUUUGUGGUGAUGAGAAUGAGUGAUAUCUACGGGUUGGGGCAUUGGAAGCUCAACAUUACGUCGCAUCCCACCUCGAUGUGGAUGAACGUAGGAUACUGGAAAACACCCCAAGGCGCGCCAAUUGAGAAAUUUCCCGAGGCUUGCUCUGCCCUUCUCGAGCAGGUUGUCGGCGCCGCCGGAUUACUGGACGACACCGAGAACAACUCCGGUCUUGCGAUUCUCGAUCUGGGUUUCGGCUGCGGUGACCAAACUUGGCAACUCGCUAAGCUCGCGGACGCCCGAGGAUGGAGGGAUUUUCGCUAUGUUGGGCUUACCCUCAAUGACGCACAGGUCCAGACGUCGCGCCGCAAGAUCUACCGCGAGAUAGGCACCGUUGGCUUUGACGUAGACUCGUUCAGCCUGUUUUGCGCCAAUGCUGCGAAACCUGAGACGUGGAGUCGUCAAGUUACCGAGGCUGUUUACUCCGUCGCUGAUGAGAAGUACUCUGAGCGAUGGCUUCUGGCGCUCGAUUGCAUGUAUCACUUUUCACCUUCGCGAAAGCCCGUGCUCAAACACGCAGCGAAAGAGCUGGACGCGAGUUUCAUGGCUUUUGAUCUUCUUCUAAACGAAAAGGCAUCUACGGCUGAUAUCUGGAGAGCGCGAUUGAUUGGCAAGAUGAUGGGCUGCCCGCUAAAAACGUUCCUCUCGGAGACGGAGUACAGAGAUCAGCUGGUGGAGUGCGGGUACGACCGCAACGAGAUCACGGUUAGGGAAAUCACAGAUGAUGUGUUUUCUGGGCUGGUCAAGUUUCUAGAUCGCCAAGACCAGUUACUGGCAGAAUACGGAGUGACGAUGGGUGGCUUCAAAUUGGCAGGGAGAUUGUUCAAUUGGUUUGACAAGACCCGCGUCGUGAGAGCAGUGGUCGUCGUCGCGCGCACAAAGAGCAAGACACCAUGA